GAGAGAGAGAGAGUGAGAGAGAGAGAGAGAGAGAGAGAGAGAGUGGAGUUACUCUACCAACGCACACAUCCCUCCUGUUUCUCUCAAAUGCCUCAUCCUCUAAAUAGCAGCUCUGCUUCUGAUAGAUCUUCUGUGCUUUAUUGUAACAUCUGGAUACAUGAGCACAUCUGGCCGAAAGAUCGGUUUUGAAAGGGAUUUCAUAGGACCAUCAGUGACCACCAGGUCUGGCCUGUAUAUUAGUCAAGCCCAGCGUCCCCGGUGCUGGACAAUGGAGGAAUCUGUGAUUGUGACCUGCACUGUGUAGAUCUGAGCUCCAAACAUGGCAGAAUAUGGAUUCCCUCAGACCCCCAACCUCAACGGAACACAAGCCAACCACUCACUGGAACAUGGUACGUCUGGGCACCCUACUCCCAGCAUGCAGCUGGGCACCAUGUCCAACCCACAGUCCCGUCUCCGUGAUGCUGUGGGUCUGGCGGCCAUGGUGACGCUGAACGCCGUGGCUCUGUUGGCGAACCUGGCCGUGCUGAUUGUGGUGCUGAAGGCAGCACACCUGAGGAAGUACAGCUUUGUGUGGCACCUAUGUGGCGUGGAUGUGCUGUGCGCAGCACUCCUCAUGCCCCUCGCCAUCGUGUGCGGCUCACCAAUCUUCGCUGGGGUCGUCUUCACGCCACUUGAGUGUCGCCUGUACGUCUUCCUCAACGCUUUUCUGAUCUCCGCCUCCAUCUUCACAGUGACGGCGAUCAGCGUCGAGCGCUACUACUACAUUGUGCACCCGAUGCGCUACGAGGCCAAAAUGACGCCCCGCAUUGCUGCUGCGGUCAUGGCGUUGGUCUGGUUGGCGUCUGCUGUCCUCGGAUUGGCCACUGUGUUUGGGUGGCCCAGUUAUCGCCACCACAGCGCCAUUGCUGCAGCUCACUGCUCACUUCACUGGAGCCACAGCGGGCACCGGCGUGUUUUCUCCAUCAUCUUCUGCGUGCUUUGCUUUUGCGUCCCCGCCGCCAUCAUCCUAGCCGUGUACGCCAACGUCUACAAGGUGGCGCACAUGGCCGCCCGACACAGGGGUCCUCUGCCUAGCUGGGUGCCUGCAACACCCCGUCCAAAACACCGCUCUGACUCCGUCAACAGCCAAACCACCAUCAUCACCAGCAGCUCAAGUGCCAGGAGAGGGACAGGGACACACGCACCUCGCAGGCCACGUCGGACACUGGUGGGCGGUAAAGCAGCACUCACACUGGCCGUCAUCGUGGGCCAGUUUGUCCUCUGUUGGCUGCCAUACUUUGCCUUUCAUCUGCACUUGUCCCUGGGCGUCGCGCACACCUCGGCUGACGAGGCUGAAGGCCCUGUCACGUGGCUGGCGUACUCUUCAUUCGCUGCAAACCCGUUUUUCUACGGCCUUCUGAACCGCCAGAUCCGCGAGGAGGUGUGUAAGACGAUGUGCUGCUGCUGCCGCUCUCCCAGCAGACCCGCGAGACCCCCAGCGUCCGGCCACGAUGCCUCGGCACAUGAAGAUUUCCUGCACUUCCUGAAGCGCAGCAGCUCGGUGGAAGCCACACGCAGCAGUUACAACACCGCAACUCCCAGAAAUACACUGGACCAAACCGGGUUCAGGAUACCAGGACAGAUCCCUGAGGAACUCACCUAGGCUGUUCUGGAACUUUCGAGUUUGAUCCAAAUCUGGAACGUCCAAAUUAGCUCCAGAUCCUGAACAUUCAAAUUGCAUCCAAAUUCAGAACAUUCAAAUCGUAUCCAUACCUGGAAUAUUCAAAUUGAACCCAAAUCUGCUUGAUUUAAAACGGAUCCAAAUCUGGAAUGUUAAAAAUUAGAUCCAGAUCUGGGAAGGUCAUAUCUGAUCCAAAUCUAGAACCUUCAAAUGGCAUCCAAAUCUGGGACAUUUCAAACGGAUCCAAAUCUGGAAGAUUCAAAUGGCAUGGACAUUUCAAACGGAUCCAAAUCUGGAAGGUUGAUAUCAGAUUCAAAUCAAUGUUCAAAUCAGAUAUAAAGAGAAAAACUGCAGAAAAGGGGGGAAAAGGUCAUUUCUGCUAUUUUAGCAAUUGAUCAGACGCCAAAAGCAGGUCUAAUCAAACAAAUCUGCUCAAGCGAACAGAAAAAUAACAAAAGGACAAUUCAAAUCUCUUUUGGUUCUGCUUUGUCAUGCUUAUAGCAUGUGAAAGUGUAGUGAUGUAGUCAAGGCCACAUACACACACACACACACACACACACACACACACACACACACACACACAGACCCAGUACAUUCACUUUUAUACUGGGUUGUUAAUGUAUACUGAAUUUUAACAUGGACUACACCACUGGUGAUUAUUAUUAUUAUUAUUAUUAUUAUUAUUAUUAUUAUUAUUAUUAUUAUUACUAUUUAAAUAAUAGAGAAGGUCGGUUUUUAGCAUAUUAUCAGAAAUGACCAAAUUUCUGGUUCAUUUCUGAAGUAAAAUGUUCCAGUGACUUGACUUUGAUUCCUACUCAGAUAUGUGAAAAUAAAAUCUGAUACUGAGGUCGGGCUUUCUGAAGUCCACCUCAGAUACUCAGGGCUGUUAGAAGUGAGAAGCUUUCCUUACACGUACGCCACAAUAACGCCUUGGAUUACCGCUUUCACCCGUGUUUUAUUCAGAACAAGAAUAUUUUCAUCGCGGUCCGUAACAACACGUCUUCAUUCGUUUGCCUUAAAAUACAACAUGACACUUUAAAGUCAUCUAUUUUGUUAAUGAUUUUAACAAAUAUCCUGUAUUUUGGUACCAGUGUUUGUCGAGCUGUUCGCCGAUUCACCUCGUUUUACGCAGCCGCACAAUACUAAGGACUCUAUAUGAUACUGGAUAUUACAACACGGUGUUGUUUAAAUAUUGUUUAAGUAUUUAUUUUAACAGUCGUUUUCGGUCAUUUGUGAUGCGAGUAGUUUCCUGUGCAAAAAUGAUAUUUAUUUGGAACUAUAUUUAUUCAAGUUGUCUUUCUGUUUUUAUCUCCUGUUCACUUUUCACCACGUGGCUCUGAGAUGUUUCUAAGAUCUCCUGUCUCCGUGCUGAAUUCAACAUAAAUAAAUAAAUAAA